UGUUAAGAUGAGUUACGAGCUGAAAUGUGACGGUAACAAAGUUUGUGGAAAUAUUGGAAAGAAAAGUGUGAAUCAGGAGAACCUCUCUUCCACCAUGCGAGCCCUGAGUUUUGAACAUUAUUAUGAAUAAACCUUUCUGUAGCUGAGAAACACUGAUCUGUAAUAGAGAGGUGGUUAGUACUAGUUAGAAUACCAUGGGAAUUAACGGGAACUUUGGGGAAUAAACUGGGAAUUUACAGGGAACGUUCUGUUUGGAGUUCUCCAGCUUCCUCCCACAGUCCAAACACAUGCAGGUUAACUGACUGAUGACCUCUGACCUCUCUCCUGAUAUAUAUGAUAUAUAAUAUUUCUCACACAGACACUGGUGGAUCUUUGAACUCUUCCUCUAGCGCCACCAUCAGGUCAAACCUAACCCAGGACCGUCUGCAGUCCCACGUGUGUGCACCAGAUGGCGGCAGUACGAAGCCGCGCUCCGUGUCUCUCCCGGAGGUUCUGUGUCUUUAAGGCCGGGACUCGCUGCUCGCUCUCGGCCGUCUGGUGCCACGCUGCGGCGCCUGCUCAGUGCGCCUCCGCCGCUCAGUGCUCGGAUCCUGGACCAGGAACGUCUGCUGCACCCUGUCUGUCUGUGCGUGUCUGUGCGUGUGUCUGUGCGUGUGUGCUGGUGUAACCUAUGGAUUGACGGAGGCAGCCUUUUGUUGUCAGCCCGGUGGUUUGUCCUGCUGGAGCUGCACUUUCACCGGAGAAUGCCCAGAGGAGCCGGAGCUGUGUUCCUGCACGGAUAGCGCAGAAAUACACCCGAGAAACACGGUGUUGAAAUGAAGAAAGACAUUGAGACUCUAAUAGCAGAGGAACGUGCUGACAUCAUCUUGAAAUAUGCUACGGGCAGGCAGGGCGGGGUGGAGAUCGACCCCUGGGAAGAUGCCGACUACAAUAUCUACAAAGUCAUCGACCGCUUCGGCUUCAUGCACGAGGAAGAGCUGCCGGCCCCGACGGCUCACGAGGAAAAGCGAAAGCAGCUGGAGAUAGAGCGAGCAGAGAAGUGGCUGAAGAUGGUGAAGAAGUGGGAUAAAUACAAGAACAGUGACAGAAUGGUGAAACGGGUCUACAAGGGCAUUCCCCUGCAGCUCAGAGGCCGGGCCUGGGCUCUGAUGCUGGACGUGGAGAAGACCAAGAAGGAGAACGAGGGCAAAUAUGAGAGGAUGAAGGAGCAGGCCCGGCGGUACUCCUCUGAGAUCAAGCAGAUCGACCUGGACAUCAACAGAACCUUUCGAGACCACAUCAUGUUUAUGGAUCGCUUCGGAGUGAAGCAGCAGUCUCUCUUCCACGUCCUCUCAGCGUAUUCAAUCUACAACACGGAAGUGAGCUACUGUCAGGGGAUGAGUCAGAUCGCCGCCCUGCUGCUGAUGUACAUGAACGAGGAAGACGCCUUCUGGGCGCUGUCGCAGCUACUGACCAAUCAGAAACACGGCAUGCACGGGUUUUUCGUUCCUGGGUUUCCCAAACUUCAGCGUUUCCAGACGCAUCACGAUCAGAUUAUUUCCAAACUCAUCCCGAAGCUGAAGAAACAUCUGGACAGAGAGCAGAUGUCUGCAGGGAUCUACAGCACCAAAUGGUUCCUCCAGUGUUUCAUCGACAGGACGCCGUUCACGCUGACCCUUCGCCUGUGGGACAUCUUCAUCCUGGAGGGCGAGAGGCUGCUCACUGCCAUGUCGUACACCAUCCUGAAGAUACACAAGAAGCGUCUGUUGAAGAUGUCUCUGGAGGAGCUCCGAGAGUUCCUGCAGGAGAGGAUCGCUCAGACUUUCUUCUUCAGCGACGACGUGAUCGUCGAGCAGCUUCAGGGCGCCAUGACUGAACUGAGGAAGAUGAAGCUGGACCUUCCUCCUCCAGGGAAGCCCGACGAGUUGCCUCGUAAGCCUCUGGGUCAAGAACUGCCGGUGCUGUUGAGUCCAGUCCAGCCCUCCCAAGGGAAGCCGUCCUCAGCCAGCGGGUUCCCCAGAGCAGGCUUGAGCCUCCACAUCAUCUCCCACCAGCCUGACUCCAUAUCCCCCGACCAGAGCCCCUCCAAGGACCCCAGAGAUCUGGACGCCGUGGACAUAGAGGAGGCCCCGCUUCCAUCCCCGGAUCCCGUCAUCAUCCACAGCCAGGCCCCACUCACCCCCGAUGGCUCCCCACUGAUGGGGCCUCCGCCUUACCAGCCCCCGGGGAGUCCAGCACCGGUCCCAGUGGGUCCCCCCUCACCGCCAGAUCAGGGGAGCGAGAUCACAGAUGUAGUCUCUACGGAUGAAUCUUCUAUGGCCACUCGCUCGGGUGUCACCACCGACCAAUCCUCGUGCCAGGCCCCACGGACUCCUCCAGCGCCGGCCGCCCAGGCGGGCUCACCGGCUUCGGUUGUGGCUCUGUGUGAGGAUCUGUCUGCAGAAGAGAGGGCUGAGGACAGUUACCUGGUCCAGCUCCUGGAGCAGGCCUCGGCUUUGACCACCAACAAGAACCAGAAUCAGAACCAGAACCAGGACUCGAGUGAAGCAUCAGAGGAAACGCUGGCGCCGGACAUUUCAUGAAACGAGCACCAACGUAUCGACUGUCGUGGUCCUGCUCCGGUUAUUACUGGAUCAUGUGUCCGUGGAUCUGAGCUGGUUCUGUAAAGGUCCGGUUUAGGCGGGUUAUCAGUGUCAGGCAAUAAUUGCUUUAAAAUAUGUCAUCAGUUUAAGUGUCCUCUUUAAGGCGACAGUGUGACGUCGUCCGGGUCAGGAUGUUUAGUCCUGAACCGGGUUUGGAUCUAUUUAGUGUCUCAGAAUCAGUUAAACUCUCAGUCCAGUUCUUCCUCUGAGGAGGACUUUCCUUCAGUCGUCUCAAAUUAAGGUCUACAAACCGUUAAAGGUUCAGUGUGUCGGACUUAGAGUCAUCUAGUGGUGUAGGUUCUGAUUACAGCCCCCCUCGCCUCACCCUCAAGAAACUAUGGCCCGUUCUGGGCUCAACACAUUAAGAAAAUCUGGAGUUGCAUUCUGGGAAGUGUAGGAUUUAAUGUUUUUAGCUUAAUUAGGGAGAAAAUUUUACCAAAUUUAAAGAACUAUUUAAUAUUUAAUACUUUUAACCUCAGUCUGCAGAGUUCAUCUCACAUCGUUAUCGACGCCUCCAGACUCGCUCAUCUUACAUCAAAUAUUGUGCUCGUGGUUCUUGGACUUUGGCGGACCUGGUUCUCACAGGGGACGUGGACCGGACCUCACAGGACUCUGCAGCGUUGGACAGACGUCUCUGAGGCGUCCCCUCUUUACAAUAACAGACACAUUUUUGUAGUUUUGUAACGUUUGCUCGGAGAACAGCGUGUCGCUCAGUCAGCCUUUGUAAAACGUUUGCUAGCAGAGUCACAGUUUUAUUUUUUGUACUAACGUCUCGAUGCCUUAUCCGGGUCAGCUUCAGUUCUUCUGUGCACGUCAUGGAGGAACACUACACGAGGACUUUCAGGCGUCGGACUGAACUCUGACCUCCUGACAUGGUGAGCUGGCUCACUGUUAUGAUUGUACACAUUGAAACGUAUUGAGCUCAGUUUAAAUAAGUAGUUUUCAGGCUCAGUAAUUUAUUGUUUUAUCCUCUUGAGAAGAAUCCAGGUCAUUUAAGAAGUGCUCAUCCUCAAGAACUGGAAUAUUUCCAUCGGAAACAGCCUUUGUUUUUUAAUCCUUCAGAGGACGACGUGGAUUUUAGAUGUUGUGCUUAGAAAUGUACAGUACUGUAGGCCCAGUAGAACACGAGUUAGACCCAGUUUCUUCAGCUCUGUGCGUAGUGAAAGGCUGACAUCUUGUGGUUAAUUCAAGCAUGUCUCCAUCUUUAGAGUAGGAAUGUUGUAGAAAGAGUUUAAACAUUUAGAAAUGACCCAAACGACGACAAACCACACGAGAGUUUUGCAGUUUAUGCCGUUAUUUUGAAUGAUGUGACAUUUGACUGUAUUUCAGUGCAGAAACGUAUCGGAGGAAUUUGAUUCAGUUUAAUCAGCUUUCAGAUGAAUGAGAUGAAAACAGUGAGACAUCGUGAAGCACUUCGGGUCAGAGCGGGAACGUUAAAACAAAGUGUUGGAUCCUUGUUGUAAAUCUGCGUCAUCUUCUGAUGAAACUCUGGAGCUGAAACAAUACAACUUUUAUCUUC